GACCUAUCGCCUCUAAAGCUUUCGAAUGAAUUAUAUGCUGUUGUUCGCGUUCAUGGUAACCCAUUCCUAGUUACAGAAGGUGACAUUAUGAAUUUGCCAUACCAUUUGAAAACUGCAGAUGUUGGUGAUGUUUUACAUUUCACAGACGUUACCACCAUUGGUACUCGUAACUUCACAUAUGCUAAUGAACCAGUGGAUCCAAGAUUAGUCAGUAUAAAAGCUGUUGUUAUAGAGAAGACCAAGAACCCAAUGACUAUCAAAGAAGUUACAAAGAGAAGAAACAGAAGAGUUCGUCAUGCUAUUUCAAAGCGUCAUAAAACACGUUUAAGAGUCACCGAAAUCAAGCUUAAUUAG